AGCAGGCAUAAAGGAGGCUCCACACACAGCCGUCUGGAAGGCAUUAGACAACAUCGACUUUUGGCCACUUCUCUGCGCUCUGUGUAACCUGGAUGCUUGAGGAAACUAUAGAAAUAAUUACCUACAUGCCCCUCAAGACAGCAAAAUACAAAUGAUAUAAAUUUUAUAGUCAGGGUCAUUGCUGGAAACUUUUUUUUCUCCUUCUGUGUCAUUAUGAUUGACUCUGCCAAAGAGGGCUUUUUUUGUAACUUUUUUUUAUUUUAAAAAUAUGAAUGAAACUGUCAGACGUUGAUGGAGAAAAAUAUUUAUAAUUUUUCUAUAGUGUACUUUUUAUUUAUACUUUUUUUUAUAUGAAAGAUGCCAAAGUUGCCUGACAUAAUGUCUGGGUUUGUACACCUAAGAUGCAUGCGGUGCACAGUUCAUGAUUGCCCGCAGACUUUUGAAAACUAGAGAAGUAACGUGAAUAUUUUUGAGCAUCUAGCUGAGCAGGAGGAACGUUCCUGAAUCUUAUUAUAUCUUAUUAAUGAGGAUCAAUUUCAGCGGAUUCAUGAGACUCAUUACUACACAAGUGUCCUUUGAAACUUUCUCAAGACUUUUUUCCCCUGUGGAGUGGUACCAAAGCCGCCGGAGUUGACCAAAUCCUUGUUCAAGGACGAAAGAGAGGACAACAGCUGCUUUAAGAUGAGGUGUGAUAGAGUCCUUACCUACCUGCGGAUAUUUGGGACCACCAUGUUUGGUGUGUCCCUCCUGGUGGGCAUCUCCACGGCCUACAUCAUGGGCUACCAGUUCUUCACCACAGCCCGCAAUCACCUAUCCUUUGGCUUGUAUGGCGCCAUCUUGGUCGUCCACCUCAUUAUCCAGAGCAUGUUUGCGCUCUUAGAACACCGAAACAUGCGGCGGUCCUUAGAAACGCCGAUCAAACUGAAUAAAUCCUUGGCGCUGUGCAUUGCAGCGUAUCAAGAAGACCCAAACUACCUGAAGAAAUGCUUGGUGUCGAUAAAGAGGCUGACGUACCCGGGGAUCAAAGUGAUCAUGGUGAUCGACGGGAACUCAGACGAUGACUUGUACAUGAUGGACAUUUUUAAAGAGAUCAUGGGAAAGGAGAAAUCGGCCACAUACGUGUGGCGGAGUAACUAUCACAACAGAGGGGUGGAGGAGACAGAUGAGAGCUACGCUGAGAGCCUUCAGCAUAUCUCCAGGCUGGUGCUGAACAACAAGUGUGUGUGCAUCAUGCAGAAGUGGGGAGGGAAGAGAGAAGUUAUGUACACACCCUUCAAAGCAUUGGGGAGGAGUGUGGACUAUGUGCAGGUGUGUGACUCUGACACUAUGCUGGACCCAGCAUCAUCGGUGGAGAUGGUGAAGGUCCUAGAAGAAGAUCCUAUGGUGGGAGGCGUUGGAGGAGAUGUACAGAUCCUGAACAAAUACGAAUCGUGGAUUUCCUUCCUGAGUAGUGUGCGGUACUGGAUGGCCUUCAACAUUGAGCGGGCUUGCCAGUCCUACUUUGGCUGUGUGCAGUGCAUCAGUGGGCCUUUAGGAAUGUACCGGAACUCCCUCCUCCGUGAGUUCCUUGAAGACUGGUACAAUCAGACUUUCAUGGGAUCCCACUGUAGUUUUGGGGAUGACCGCCAUCUCACGAAUAGAGUUCUAAGCCUUGGAUAUGCCACCAAAUAUACUGCACGAGCAAAGUGCCUCACUGAGACGCCGAUUACAUACCUGCGGUGGCUAAAUCAACAAACGAGAUGGAGUAAGUCAUAUUUCAGAGAAUGGCUAUACAACUCUAUGUGGUUCCACAAACACCAUCUAUGGAUGACUUAUGAGGCUGUGAUCACGGGCUUCUUCCCGUUUUUCCUCAUCGCCACAGCGAUCCAACUCUUCUACCAAGGAAGGCUCUGGAAUAUUCUGUUGUUUCUACUCAUUGUGCAGGCAGUGGCACUGAUCAAGUCGUCAUUUGCCAGCUGCCUCAGAGGUAACAUUGUCAUGGUGUUCAUGUCAUUCUACUCUGUACUGUACAUGUCAAGCCUGUUGCCAGCAAAAAUGUUUGCAAUAGCAACAAUCAACAAGUCUGGAUGGGGGACCUCCGGGAGGAAAACAAUAGUGGUGAACUUCAUUGGUCUGAUUCCUAUUUCAGUUUGGUUCACCAUCCUCUUCAUUGGGAUUAUCUACACAAUAAUCCUGCAGACUCGAAAACCCUUUCCUGAAUCAGAAAAGAUUGUUCUGAUCAUAGGGGCAAUCGUCUAUGCCAGUUACUGGGUCAUGCUGUUGACGUUGUAUGCAGUGCUCAUAAAUAAGUGUGGGAAGAGGAAGAAGGAAUCACACUAUGAUAUGGUGCUGGAUGUAUGACUUAUGGACUGCAGUCAUCAUUUACCACUGAACUCUCUUUUUGGGUUGGUUUCACUCACACCAUGUUGUUGUUAUACACGUUUCUCAGAUGCAGAGCAGCUCUGGAGGCAAAAUUGGUUGAAUUAAACAAGAAUAGAGUUUCUCUGUUCCAAACUUGAAUGACAAUAGCAUACAGUAUAAAUGACAUUGGCUGCUUUUUUAGUUCAUUCGUUGUUCAGGCAUGACCAUAGCAUUCAUCAUCUUGGAACAUCAGCAUGCUAGCUAAUUAGCUUGCCUGGAUUUCUUUAACAUGUUUGGUUGAAGGUAAGCAGACUAGCUACCCUUAAUAACUCAGCACAGAAAGGUGAAAAUACAUUGCAGUUGGCAGCAAGAGCACUAGGCUUUGUAAUAUUAGCUACCUCUUACCCAUGUCAUUUUCACUGGGCAUCAAUUUAACAUUUGCAACUUAGCCUAAGAAAAUGGAUUUUUAUCUCCACCCAUUAAGGUUUAACUUGAACAGUAAGAAUAUUUUACCUGCAGAGCAUCAUUGUGUCUCCAAGAAAUAUUUGUACACCCUAACCAGAGAUCAAUCUACAUAUUGCCCCCACCAAAGGGCAGCCAGAAACCCAUCACUACAUAGCUUCAAGUUGAAGUCAAACUGAAACUACCAGCACCCUGCCCUGCCAGGCUGUUUCCUCUGUCAAACAACUGAACAACAUCAACGAUUACAUUCUUAACUCUGAAAGGUGUUGAGAUGCUAGCACCCUCGCUAUCUAAUUAGUGUAAUUGUAAUCUGCACGUAUGUUUUGUGUGGAUCUCAUAAUUACGUGAAGUUGGCUAUUUUACCAUUAAAAACAAACAGAAAAAUUCCCAAAGUUAUACUGCCUAUGUUAAAUGAUGUAAUGGCACAAGUUGUUGUUUGUUUUGGAGGCAAUGCACUGGUUUACUUUUCCAGUGUUUUCAAAUCUCUUUUAGGAAGAGGUAUAAAAUCGAUGUAAAAGUGUGCAGAAAUUGCUUUGGAGAGCUGCUCUAUUUCUUUUGUUGCACUCAUGUCAUAUGGAAAAGAUGCUCCUUCGUAGUCUUCACACAUUUUAAAUGUAUUUACAAUGCAUUUUAUCAUCAUGUCAUCAAGUCAGUUCAUUAUUGCAACACCAAAAUUGCAAAGGCAAUGCACAGCUGUUUGAUGCAGGGUGUGUUUGUGCUUGACAUUGCAAUUCAUGAUUUGCUGUUUUGUAAAUGAAUCCAAACACAUCACUCUGGUGCAUGUACGCUGAAUGUGAAAAGGUGCAAGAUCCAAAGAGAUUUCCAAUUGUGCUUUUAAGAGGUCACAAAUCAGUAGCCUUAUAUAUCAUAUUUGGAUGUCUGGACACUUACAAGGCUUAUUUUUAGUCCCAUGUGACGUGAAUGCAGUAUUUUUCUCAACGUUUACAAAGUGAAGAAUCUCAAACUGACCACUGAUUGGUUGGAUAUAAUGUCCACCAGAUCAGGUGACCAGGUGAACAUGUGACCAGACAAGAGAUGGUGUAUCAUUGCUGCUGUGACUGUUUUAUAUUUACAGAAACAAUGACUUGGUUUUUUAUAUAUAUAUAUAUAUAUGAAUGAUGGGUGUAUGUUGCGAAAUUGUUUUGACACUAUUUUUAUUGUUAAUGUAUUUCUUUCUACCAAGUUGAAUGAUAACCAUCAAGUAGACACGGUGGACAUGUUCCAGUCCAAAGACUUUGCAAUUCCUUGUGCCCUUGCUCUCUUCCUUUCUGCACAAGUUGAUAACCAAUAAAGUUGACUAUCAUACUGUAUUGAGGUUAAUGUAGUUGUAUCUCUCUGCUUCCCUACAUUGUGUUGAACGACCUGCAAGGGAAGGAGACAAUGUGAGAGCAAAACAUUAAAGUACCAAACGGGAGAGAAGUACUACCUGGUGAAAAAGGGCACUUGAGGUUAGGGAAUGAAAUUUUGGAAGGAAAAAAUUCCAGUGUUUGCUAUAGACGACCAGGAGCAGACAUGAGUUUAAUUCUUAUGCACUUUUAUGUCUCUCCUGUCGUCCACGUGAUGCUUGACGUAAUCAAGAUGAAAUACCUCAGUGGUUCUCUUUGCAUUGCAUCAAGGUGUCAGGAUGCCGUCCAAAGACUGAUGCAUUCUGAAGGUCUCAAGUAAUUUAUGAUCGGUUUGUGAUAUUAAAUAUAAAAGUGUCGAUUUUUUAAAUGCAGUUUCUUAUUAAGUCAAAGCUGGAUUUCUCUGCCUUGUCGACCCUUUGCUGUAGCCGUUUAUGUAUUGUACUUUGUAUUUCGAUGCAUUUUAUAUAUAGACAUUUCUAUUCUAUAUUUGCUUUGCUACCAAAGAUUCUUUAUUUUCACUCAUGUUUUUAUAAGAAAAAUGGGAAAAUUUGUUGUGCUUUCAACUGUUCUGACAAUGACUUGUAUAUCUGACCAAACAAUGUGAAAUUAUGAGCUAGGGGUUUUGUCUGAAAUAACAACAAUAAAAAUGCAAUUUGUAGGGAUAAGUUAUUUUCAAGAGGUUACGAACCUGUUUUUUUAUACUCUAUGCGUAGAUAGAAAACUAGCAUAUUUAUACGAUUCUGUACUUAAGAUGUCCUCUGGUAUAUAUGUAAACCCCCUAAGGUUCCAUAUUUCUACACUGCAAAAACAAUAAAAGCGAGGCUUCAAAGGUUUUGCAGUGCUAAAACUACAUGGACAAUAAAGCAAAGCAGACUGAAAACUUUGGUCAAAAACAUUUCAAUAACAUUUGCACAAAAAUUUUAUUAUCUGCAAAUUAUGUGUAAUCCAGUUGUCAAGUCAGUAUAAAGGUGCCUUACGGAGUGAUAACAAAAGAAAACAUUUUUUAAAAUACAUUUUAAGAAGUUUUAUUUUGAGGUUUAAUGAAAAAGACCAACGAUUCAUGAGGUUGUUUUCAUGCCAACUAGUGAUGUGUAGUGUUAUUAUAAUGCACUUUUGUGUUGUGCCAAAUAAAUACAACUUUUGUUUUAA